AACAGAGGAGAGGACAGAGUGCACAGGACCCUUAUUAGGAAGGCAGGUUAAUAUUGUAGCCUAGGUUAGGAUGAACAGCCAAUUGGAUACCAGGAAAUGGACUGAGCAUACAGCCAGAGUGGAGCACAGAUUUUUACUAACUUUAUGGUCCUAAAAUUAUCAUCUGUAAUGCUUGCAUUUAGGGAAAACUUAAAUUCAAGAAAAACCGAGUCAGAGAUAAUCUUUCCCUUGGUGCUUCCAGAUCUUUUCAGGAACCUGCAGUGCAAUCUACUGGCCAGAAGGAAAAUUGCCUUCAGGCACUCAGCGCUAUGAGUUUUCCUUAAUAUCUCUCAAUAUCAAUGGCCUCAACUCCCCAAUAAAAAGACAUAGAUUAACAAACUGGAUACACAACGAGGACCCUGCAUUCUACUGCCUACAGGAAACACACCUCAGAGACAAAGACAGACACUACCUCAGAGUGAAAGGCUGGAAAACAACUUUCCAAGCAAAUGGUCAGAAGAAGCAAGCUGGAGUAGCCAUUCUAAUAUCAAAUAAAAUCAAUUUCCAACUAAAAGUCAUCAAAAAAGAUAAGGAAGGACACUUCAUAUUCAUCAAAGGAAAAAUCCACCAAGGUGAACUCUCAAUCCUAAAUAUCUAUGCCCCAAAUACAAGGGCACCUACAUACGUAAAAGAAACCUUACUAAAGCUCAAAGCACACAUUGCACCUCACACAAUAAUAGUGGGAGAUUUCAACACACCACUCUCAUCAACGGACAGAUCAUGGAAACAGAAAUUAAACAGUGAUGUCGACAGACUAAGAGAAGUCAUGAGCCAAAUGGAAUUAACGGAUAUUUAUAGAACAUUCUAUCCUAAAGCAAAAGGAUAUACCUUCUUCUCAGCUCCUCAUGGUACUUUCUCCAAAAUUGACCAUAUAAUUGGUCAAAAAACGGGCCUCAACAGGUACAGAAAGAUAGAAAUAAUCCCAUGCGUGCUAUCGGACCACCACGGCCUAAAACUGGUCUUCAAUAACAAUAAGGGAAGAAUGCCCACAUAUACGUGGAAAUUGAACAAUGCUCUACUCAAUGAUAACCUGGUCAAGGAAGAAAUAAAGAAAGAAAUUAAAAACUUUUUAGAAUUCAAUGAAAAUGAAGAUACAACAUACCCAAACUUAUGGGACACAAUGAAAGCUGUGCUAAGAGGAAAACUCAUAGCGCUGAGUGCCUGCAGAAAGAAACAGAAAAGAGCAUAUGUCAACAGCUUGACAGCACACCUAAAAGCUCUAAAACAAAAAGAAGCAAAUACACCCAGGAGGAGUAGAAGGCAGGAAAUAAUCAAACUCAGAGCUGAAAUCAACCUAGUAGAAACAAAAAGGACCAUAGAAAGAAUCAACAGAACCAAAAGUUGGUUCUUUGAGAAAAUCAACAAGAUAGAUAAACCCUUAGCCAGACUAACGAGAGGACACAGAGAGUGUGUCCAAAUUAACAAAAUCAGAAAUGAAAAGGGAGACAUAACUACAGAUUCAGAGGAAAUUCAAAAAAUCAUCAGAUCUUACUAUAAAAACCUAUAUUCAACAAAACUUGAAAAUCUUCAGGAAAUGGACAAUUUCCUAGACAGAUACCAGGUAUCGAAGUUAAAUCAGGAACAGAUAAACCAGUUAAACAACCCCAUAACUCCUAAGGAAAUAGAAGCAGUCAUUAAAGGUCUCCCAACCAAAAAGAGCCCAGGUCCAGACAAGUUUAUUGCAGAAUUCUAUCAAACCUUCAUAGAAGACCUCAUACCAAUAUUAUCCAAACUAUUCCACAAAAUUGAAACAGAUGGAGCACUACCGAAUUCCUUCUACGAAGCCACAAUUACUCUUAUACCUAAACCACACAAAGACACAACGAAGAAAGAGAACUUCAGACCAAUGUCCCUUAUGAAUAUCGAUGCAAAAAUACUCAAUAAAAUUCUGGCAAACCGAAUUCAAGAGCACAUCAAAACAAUCAUCCACCAUGAUCAAGUAGGCUUCAUCCUAGGAAUGCAGGGAUGGUUUAAUAUACGGAAAACCAUCAACGUGAUCCAUUAUAUAAACAAACUGAAAGAACAGAACCACAUGAUCAUUUCAUUAGAUGCUGAGAAAGCAUUUGACAAAAUUCAACACCCCUUCAUGAUAAAACUCCUGGAAAGAAUAGGAAUUCAAGGCCCAUACCUAAACAUAGUAAAAGCCAUAUACAGCAAACCAGUUGCUAACAUUAAACUAAAUGGAGAGAAACUUGAAGCAAUCCCACUAAAAUCAGGGACUAGACAAGGCUGCCCACUCUCUCCCUACUUAUUCAAUAUAGUUCUUGAAGUUCUAGCCAGAGCAAUCAGACAACAAAAGGAGAUCAAGGGGAUACAGAUCGGAAAAGAAGAGGUCAAAAUAUCACUAUUUGCAGAUGACAUGAUAGUAUAUUUAAGUGAUCCCAAAAGUUCCAUCAGAGAACUACUAAAGCUGAUAAACAACUUCAGCAAAGUGGCUGGGUAUAAAAUUAACUCAAAUAAAUCAGUUGCCUUCCUCUAUACAAAAGAGAAACAAGCCGAGAAAGAAAUUGGGGAAACGACACCCUUCAUAAUAGACCCAAAUAAUAUAAAGUACCUCGGUGUGACUUUAACCAAGCAAGUAAAAGAUCUGUACAAUAAGAACUUCAAGAUACUGAGGAAAGAAAUUGAAGAAGACCUCAGAAGAUGGAAAGAUCUCCCAUGCUCAUGGAUUGGCAGGAUUAAUUUAGUAAAAAUGGCCAUUUUACCAAAAGCAAUCUACAGAUUCAAUGCAAUCCCCAUCAAAAUACCAAUCCAAUUCUUCAAAGAGUUAGACAGAACAAUUUGCAAAUUCAUCUGGAAUAACAAAAAACCCAGGAUAGCUAAAGCUAUCCUCAACAAUAAAAGGACUUCAGAAGGAAUCACUAUCCCUGAACUCAAGCAGUAUUACAGAGCAAUAGUGAUAAAAAACUGCAUGGUAUUGGUACAGAGACAGACAGAUAGACCAAUGGAAUAGAAUUGAAGACCAAGAAAUGAACCCACACACCUAUGGUCACUUGAUUUUUGACAAAGGAGCCAAAACCAUCCAAUGGAAAAAAGAUAGCAUUUUGAGCAAAUGGUGCUGGUUCAACUGGAGGUCAACAUGUAGAAGAAUGCAGAUCGAUCCAUCCUUAUCACCCUGCACAAAGCUUAAGUCCAAGUGGAUCAAGGACCUCCACAUCAAAGCAGACACACUCAAACUAAUAGAAGAAAAACUAGGGAAGCAUCUGGAACACAUGGGCACUGGAAAAAAUUUCCUGAACAAAACACCAAUGGCUUAUGCUCUAAGAUCAAGAAUUGACAAAUGGGAUCUCAUAAAACUGCAAAGUUUCUGUAAGGCAAAGGACACUGUGGUUAGGACAAAUCGGCAACCAACAGAUUGGGAAAAGAUCUUUACCAAUCCUACAACAGAUAGAGGUCUUAUAUCCAAAAUAUACAAAGAACUGAAGAAGUUAGACCGCAGGGAAACAAAUAACCCUAUUAAAAAUGGGGUUCAGAGCUAAACAAAGAAUUCACAGCUGAGGAAUGCCGAAUGGCUGAGAAACACCUAAAGAAAUGUUCAACAUCUUUAGUUAUAAGGGAAAUGCAAAUCAAAACAACCCUGAUAUUCCACCUCACACCAGUGAGAAUGGCUAAGAUCAAAAACUCAGGUGACAGCAGAUGCUGGCGAGGAUGUGGAGAAAGAGGAACACUCCUCCAUUGUAGGUGGGAUUUCAGACUGUUAAAACCAUUCUGGAAAUCAGUCUGGAGGUUCCUCAGAAAAUUGGACAUUGAACUGCCUGAGGAUCCAGCUAUACCUCUCUUGGGCAUAUACCCAAAAGAUGCCUCAACAUAUAAAAGAGACACGUGCUCCACUAUGUUCAUCGCAGCCUUAUUUAUAAUAGCCAGAAGCUGGAAAGAACCCAGAUGCCCUUCAACAGAGGAAUGGAUACAGAAAAUGUGAUAAAUCUACACAAUGGAAUAUUACUCAGCUAUCAAAAACAACGAGUUUAUGAAAUUCGUAGGCAAAUGGUUGGAACUGGAAAAUAUCAUCCUGAGUGAGCUAAACCAAUCACAGAAAGACAUACAUGGUAUGCACUCAUUGAUAAGUGGCUAUUAGCCCAAAUGCUUGAAUUACCCUAGAUCCCUAGAACAAACGAAACUCAAGACGGAUGAUCAAAAUGUGAAUGCUUCACUCCUUCUUUAAAUGAGGAAAAAGAAUACCCUUGGCUGGGAAGGGAGAGGCAAAGAUUAAAACAUAGACUGAAGGAACACCCAUUCAGAGCCUGCCCCACAGGUGGCCCAUACAUAUACAGCCACCCAAUUGGACAAGAUGGGUGAAGCAAAGAAGUGCAGGCCGACAGGAGCCGGAUGUAGAUCGCUCCUGAGAGACACAGCCAGAAUACAGCAAAUACAGAGGCGAAUGCCAGCAGCAAACCACUGAACUGAGAAUAGGUCCCCCGUUGAAGGAAUCAGAGAAAGAACUGGAAGAGCUUGAAGGGGCUCGAGACCCCAAAAGUACAACAAUGUCAAGCAACCAGAGCUUCCAGGGACUAAGCCACUACCUAAAUACUAUACAUGGACUGACACUGGACUCUGACCCCAUAGGUAGCAAUGAAUAUCCUAGUAAGAGCACCAGUGGAAGGGGAAGCCCUGGGUCCUGCUAAGACUGAACCCCUAGUGAACUAGACUAUGGGGGGAGGGCGGCAAUGGGGGGAGGGUUGGGAGGGGGACACCCAUAAGGAAGGGAAGGGGGGAGGGGGAUGUUUGCCCGGAAACCGGGAAAGGGAAUAACACUUGAAAUGUAUAUAAGAAAUACUCAAGUUAAUAAAAAAAUAAUAAAUAAAAUAAAAAAAAUUAUAAGGAAUAUUGGGGACUAUUCGGGCAGUCAUCUGUCUCUGUCACCCGUUAAGUUUUGGAAGCUGUGUCGUUGUGCUUCCUGCAUAUUCAGGCAAUAUUUAAUUUAUUGUCAAAGGUUUGACAGAGUUGAAUACUAGCUAUAGUCUCACAAUUGAACUUAAGUUGUUUUGCAUUGAAGCUGUUCUACAUUUAGAAGGAUGGUUUAAAUACAAAUUAAAUUUCGUAUAGAAUUGUAAGCUCUUUGAGUUAGGAUAGAUGAUGAAAUAUUUUAUCUAUAUUGCCAAGUAUAUUGGACUAAACCUUAUAAGUAUAAUUUAUGUUUAAUAAUUCUCAUGAUUGUUUCAAAAAUAGUUUUCUGCUGUGUACUAUUUGUUAUUCUAAGAAAAGAGCCAUUUUAAUUGUGCAAAAAAUGGAAAAUGUAGUGGUUUGUCCAAAAGCUGAUUGUAUUCUGAUGUUAAUACUGGUUCCUCAAGAUUUGUUACCUUGUUGAGCACACAAUUACAUACACAGGUAAUGUCAGGUAGUUGGCCAAUAAAAAGUUAGAGCUGGUUAUUGGAUAGUGGAGGAGAAUGUGGAACUCGAGGCUUGGGAGUGGGGCACAUGUGAGAAGAGAAAAGUUAGUGAAGGAAGGAAAGAGGAUAGAGGAAGAGGAAGAGAACCCUCAAUGGACCAGAAUCAUGUAUCUGGGAGAAACUUCAAGUAGCAAGAUUUGUUAUACAUUGGGAAUAAGCUAGUAUAGUACUAGAUCUGACCAGUCUAGGCAUGUAACUCAUAAUUAUAAAUCUCGGUUUUCUGUUUUUUAAAUGAACUUAAUGGAGCUGGGAAGUCCAGCAACAUAAAAUCUACAAAACAAAGAAAAAUUAAAAGCUGAAAGUGAAAAGGGCAAAGUGAUAUACAAAGUCAGAAUUAUCAGAAUUGCAUGAGACUUCUCAAAACAGUAUGUAAAAGCUAGAGGUUCCUGGACAGAUGUGAUACAGUCUUUAAGAGACCAUAGAAGCUAACCUAGACUACUAUAUCCAGUAAAAACUAUCAGUCACCAUAAAUGAAGAAAACAAUGUAUUCCAAGACAAAACCAAAUUUAAACAAUAUCCAUCCACCAAUCCAUUCCUACAGAAAAGUAAAAGAAGGUUAAUUACAACAGUGGAAACACGAUAAAAUUAAUUUCACACCAGGAAAAACAAAAGAAGGAAAGUAUGUACACAUACAUGCAUGCAUGUGCACAUACCCAAAUUCCAUUUGGCUCAUGACUUCUCUUAGUCUGUCGACAUCACUGUUUAAUUUCUGUUUCCAUGAUCUGUCCAUUGAUGAGAGUGGUGUGUUGAAAUCUCCCACUAUUAUUGUGUGAGGUGCAAUGUGUGCUUUGAGCUUUAGUAAGGUUUCUUUUACGUAUGUAGGUGCCCUUGUAUUUGGGGCAUAGAUAUUUAGGAUUGAGAGUUCAUCUUGGUGGAUUUUUCCUUUGAUGAAUAUGAAGUGUCCUUCCUUAUCUUUUUUGAUGACUUUUAGUUGGAAAUUGAUUUUAUUUGAUAUUAGAAUGGCUACUCCAGCUUGCUUCUUCUGACCAUUUGCUUGGAAAGUUGUUUUCCAGCCUUUCACUCUGAGGUAGUGUCUGUCUUUGUCUCUGAGGUGUGUUUCCUGUAGGCAGUAGAAUGCAGGGUCCUCGUUGUGUAUCCAGUUUGUUAAUCUAUGUCUUUUUAUUGGGGAGUUGAGGCCAUUGAUAUUGAGAGAUAUUAAGGAAUAGUGAUUAUUGUUUCCCGUUUAAUUCUUAUUUGGAUGUGAGGUUAUGUUUGUGUGCUUUCAUUCUCUUUGUUUUGUUGCCAAGACGAUUAGUUUCUUGCUUCUUCUAGGGUAUAGCUUGCCUCCUUAUGUUGGGCUUUACCAUUUAUUAUCCUUUGUAGUGCUGGAUUUGUGGAAAGAUAUUGUGUAAAUUUGGUUUUGUCAUGGAAUAUCUUGGUUUCUCCAUCAAUGUUAAUUGAGAGUUUUGCUGGAUACAGUAACCUGGGCUGGCAUUUGUGUUCUCUUAGGGUCUGUAUAACAUCAGUCCAGGAUUUCUGGCCUUCAUAGUUUCUGGCGAGAAGUCUGGUGUGAUUCUGAUAGGUCUCCCUUUAUAUGUUACUUGACCUUUUUCCCUUACUGCUUUUAAUAUUCUUUCUUUAUUUUGUGCGUUUGGUGUUUUGACAAUUGUGUGACGGGAGGUGUUUCUUUUCUGGUCCAAUCUAUUUGGAGUUCUGUAGGCUUCUUGUAUGUCUAUGGGUAUCUCUUUUUUUAGGUUAGGGAAGUUUUCUUCUAUGAUUUUGUUGAAGAUAUUUACUGGUCCUUUGAGCUGGGAGUCUUCACUCUCUUCUAUACCUAUUAUCCUUAGGUUUGAUCUUCUCAUUGAGUCCUUGAUUUCCUGUAUGUUUUGGACCAGUAGCUUUUUCCGCUUUACAUUAUCUUUGACAGUUGAGUCAAUGAUUUCUAUGGAAUCUUCUGCUCCUGAGAUUCUCUCUUCCAUCUCUUGUAUUCUGUUGGUGAAGCUUGUAUCUCCAGCUCCUUGUCUCUUCUUUUGGUUUUCUAUAUCCAGGGUUGUUUCCAUGUGUUCUUUCUUGAUUGCUUCUAUUUCCAUUUUUAAUUCCUUCAACUGUUUGAUUGUGUUUUCCUGGAAUUCUUUCAGGGAUUUUUGUGUCUCCUCUCUAUGGGCUUCUACUUGUUUAUUUAUGUUUUCCUGGAAUUUUUUCAGGGAUUUUUGUGUCUCCUCUCUAUGGGCUUCUACUUGUUUAUUUAUGUUUUCCUGGAAUUCUUUCAGGGAUUUUUGUGAUUCUUUCAGGCAUUUUUGCGAUUCCUCUCUGUAGGCUUCUACUUGUUCUCUAAGGGAGUUCUUCACGUCUUUGUUGAAGUCCUCCAGCAUCAUGAUCAAAAAUGAUUUUGGAACUAGAUCUUGCUUUUCUGGUGUGUUUGGAUAUUCCAUGUUUGUUUUGAUGGGAGAAUUGGUCUUGGUUUCUGUUGCUUGGGUUCCUGCGCUUGCCUCUCGCCAUCAGAUUAUCUCUAGUUUUACUUUGUUCUGCUAUUUCUGACAGUGGCUAGACUGUCCUAUAAGCCUGUGUGUCAGGAGAGCUGUAGACCUGUUUUCCUCUCUUUCAGUCAGUUAUGGGGACAGUGUUCUGCUUUCCGGCGUGUGCUUUUUCCUCUCUACAGGUCUUCAGCUGUUCCUGUGGGCCUGUGUCUUGAGUUCACCAGGCAGCUUUCUUGCAGCAGAAAAGUUGGUCUUACCUGUGGUCCCGAGGCUCAAGUUCGCUCUUGGGGUGCUACCCACGGGCUCUCUGCAGCGGCAGCAACCAGGAAGACCUGUGGCGCCAUUUCCGGGAGCUUCAGUGCACCAGGGUUCCAGAUGGUCUUUGGCUUUUUCAUCUGGCGUCCGAGAUGUGUGUGCAGAGAGCAGUCUCUUCUGGUUUCCCAGGCUUGUCUGCCUCUCUGAAGGUUCAGCUCUCCCUCCCACGGGAUUUGGGUGCAGAGAACUGUUUAUCCGGUCUGUUUCCUUCUGGUUCUGGUGGUGUCUCAGGUACAGGGGUCCUGCCGCUCCUGGGCCCUCCCCCACGGGAGCCCAGAGGCCUUAUACAGUUUCUUCUUGGGCCAGGGAUGUGGGCAGGGGUGAGCAGUGUUGGUGGUCUCUUCCGCUUUGCAGCCUCAGGAGUGCCCACCUGACCAGGCGGUUGGGUCUCUCUCUCACAGGGUCUGGGGGCAGAGAGCUAUUCCUUAUAAUUUUGAAGCAUCUAUCUUCAGUCAUCUUGCCUAAACAUCUGAAAGACCUUAAGAGAAUCUGGUAUUAUGAAAGACUAGCUACUCUGUCUUGGCAGAGCUUAGCAGUUGAUGACCCUUCAUCUGUUUGCAUUUUGGACAGCAAUGUGUCUAUAGAUGAAAUUAGGGUAUUUCUUGCUUAUAGGCUAGUCUGCCACAAUUAAAGCAACUCCACAUGGAGGUAUUGAAGCUCAAUACAUUCUUUGAAGUGGAAUGGGUAUAAUGUAAGGAAGGAGCAGACAUGUCUCAUAGUCAAAAGAUCUUUUAAUAUUGAAACAAAAUUGAGUGUCAUAUUCUAUGGAUCUCUGAUGGCUUGAAGACCAUUCAUCUAUGUGUAACACAAGUGAAUUGUUAAACAUUAAUUUUAAAGAUUAUUUUAUAUAUGAAUUACCCUGAAAACAUUGUAUUGUAUCAGCAGCUGACUGAGAUAGAUGCAGAUGGUAACAGACAACUAUUGGUCUGAGAUUGGGAACAAUUAUGGAAGAAUUAGGUGAAAGGUUGAAGGGGAUGGGAACCUCAUAGGAAGAAAAACAGUAUCAGCAAACCUGGACUCCUCAGAGCUCUUAGAGACAAAGCUGCUGUGGAGAGCAUACCAUGACCUGUAUGGCAUCUAGGACCCUGAGAAGCAGAAGACACUUCCCUGCAGGGGAGCUAUCAUCAGGAAUAAUGAACUGGCUGCAGCAGGCCUGGAUGGAGAUAUCUUAGAAGCCCACGGCAGCUCCUUUUAAAAAAAGUUGGUCUCAUUUCUCCUGACAGUUCUCUCAGCCCUGGAUGAUGGCUGUAUAGAUUUCAUUUGUGUUUAGCUGCUUUUGAAUUGACCUUGCUGUGUGUGAAUAAUUAUUCCAUUAUAUCUGACUUUCCUAUAUCUUUCUUCUGUUCUGGUGAAUUAUGUGAAACUAGAUGUUCCUUAAUGUAAUGAUUCUUAAACAAUUAAAAAUUGAGGCAUAGGGAAACAGCACAGUCAUAAUGGUCCAGGUGUUUGCUGUGUGCUCUCAUUUUGGAAACAAUGUUAUUAACUGCACAAUGGUAAUUCCAGAUUAAUUUUGACUUGCAUGAAAGUUGAAAGAAAUCAUGUUUAGUAAUAUCAGAAAAUGAACAGAGCUAUGUAUUACUAGAGUCAUACUGGGUUUAUUACCAAAAAGUGAGGGAAUUUGCUGGAAUUAUGAAAAGGAUUAGUAUGAGAGAUAAAGUCAUGGGAUAGGGGAAAAAUGUAAUAAGGGAACAGAAACAUGAGUCACUUUAAUUCAGAAAGGAAAAAGCAGUUGAAAUUUUGAAAUGAGUUAUACACAUUUGAGAGUGGUUUCUUGUAGUGUUAUGUGGGUCCCAUGUCCACUCCGCAACUGCGCAUAGCUGCUCAAGGGGGUAGGAUCCAGGAAGUUGACCAUGCUUACCCCAUGCCAUCUCCAGGUGGGUGUCAGGCUAUAGAAAUGCUGCAGGACACUGCUCCAGUGGUGGGAAAGUACAGUCUGAAGUACCUGACAGUUGGACCUGGCUGGGGUUCCCCGGGCCAGCAAGAAGGCUGGGGCUGUCUGGUUCUCAGACUUUUAGGCAUCCAGGCACUGCUGGAAGCCCCAGAAGAACUGACAACAGAGGAUUCAGAUUCCACAUUUGGAUCUAGCCUGAGGUUGAAGGGGAACGAGGGGAGCUCCAGCUGGUUCCAUAAGGAUAGUUCUUGGCUUGACAGUGGCGAGCUUAGUCUGGCUUGGUUGUAGUGGCAGCCAUGGCUGGGAGAGCAGAGAGACCUUUUUCGGAAGAUUAGAUAGUGGCUCUGUAGGCAAAGGCCUUCUCUGUUGUUCACCAUGUUGAAUCCCAAUAAAAAGAGUCAGUCCAUGGUUGAAGACAUUAUUGUCAUGGCAGAGAGUGUAUGUGUAAAAGUGUACCACAUUUCUCAGAAUGGAUCAGAGAGUGUCUAGGAAGGAAAAUUUAUUGGCUAAGCCUCCAGGUAUUUAGGUGCCUCAUUAUAAUGGAAAUCUGUCUUGAGCUUUUGUGACCUGUGGCCAUAACCUCUACCUGUAGAGGGGCUUGAGGCAUUGCCCUUACAUGACUGAUGGUCUCAAAUUUAUGGGGGCCUGCUUUCCUAGGAGUCAGGCAAAAUAUGUACUGAAUUUUCAGUGUCACUGGGGGAUUUCUAGCUGAGCUACACCAGAAACCAGGCCACCUUUUACAGGUCCACAGUUCCUUGUUUCCUUUGGAUAUGUAUGGAUAAUAAAUUAUAGAAUUCAUAAAAUUAUAUAUUAGUAAAUUAUGUCAAAACACUGGAACUCUUAGGAGAGUCUUGUGUACAAUUUACAGAAUCAGAAAGCUAGCAGAACUGCUGAGAUAAGGGAUAACUUGAUUCUAAUCACUGCAACCUCAAACUUUGAGUGAGUGAGUAGAGAGAGAAAGGGAGAGGGAAAGAGAGAGAGGGGGAAAGGGAGAGAGAGAGAGAGAGAGAGAGAGAGAGAGAGAGAGAUAGAAACCUCAAACCUGAAAUUUGCCUGUCAGCUUGUACCCAAAAAAGUUGUUUGUGUGUGUUUAUUAUGCACCUUCCAGAUAUCUCUGCUUCCAGUGGAGAAUGUAAAUCCAAUGUCAUUGAGACUGUGUAGGGCUCAAAGUGAGCCUUAACUACUGGGAAAACCUCCACCCCAAAUGAGACAUGAGAACAGAGCUCCAUGCAAUCAGCCCCUUGUAGUGAGUAACUAGAAGGCAACCCACAAUGGCUUUAAAAACCACUUUUUAUACUUUUAGGGGUACAGGUGAUAUCAGCAAGGUUACAGUUUAAACUUAUUGGCUAAGCAUACUGACCUUUGAAUCUAUUGGCUAGCAACCAUAUGACAGGCUUUUGAACUCUAUCUGGGACCAGAGAAUCAGGUGACUAUCAGUCAGUGCAUGCCACGUUUUUAUAAGAAUGCUCCUACUCUUCCCAAGAACUGUGGGUGGAGAAUGGAACUUGGCCUAUUCUUGACCCAAGGCAGGAAAUUGGUACUCAGCCUAGUCUUGACCUGAGGCAGUGAGUGUAAGGCUGGCAAAAGUCCCGAGUCCUUCAACUGGACCCCAACAUUAAACCACCAACUACAUACACCAAAGCAUACAUAGGCUGGUCUGUGCCUCCUUGGCACAUAUGUAGCAGAGGACUACCUUGUCUGACCUCAGUGGGAAAGGAUAUGCUUAAUCCUAUAAAGACUUGAUGUCCCAGAAAAGGGGGAUGCUGGGGCAAUUUUGUGGUGAGUGGUUGGGUAAAAAUGGGUAGGUUGUGGGGGAGAACCCUCUCAUAGGCAAAGGGGAUUGAGGGUAUGUAAUAUCAAUUUAAAAAGAGAAAGAAGUGUGUCAUAGAGGGAAGGAAAUAUCCUUAAAAUAAACAGGCUGUUUUAGCUCAGCAGUGUUUUCCAAAUACAGUGUUUUUCAGAAGUCAUAGUUUUUUGUUCAUUAGCAUUUAAAAAUUUUAAGGUUACUAAAGUACUAUGUAAUCUAUCUCUGGGAAGGGUCUUUGUUGCUCCCUAUUGUCUGUUAAGCAUCUCUUUAAAGUACAAUUAGACAUAUCCACAAUUGACUGUCUUAUAGGAUUAUCUGGUAUGCCUGUUGACCAAGCCAGCUCAGUCAAUAAACAGGGUCUUAGGGAAGAAGUGAGGAUUGUAAAGGAAAAGAGAAUUCAACAUUAUAACAUGAUUCCAGCCGGUUCUGAGCCUAAAACUGAAACAGGUUAAUUUUCUCCAGUCUGAUUUUAUAUCAUUCUAGAUAUAUACAAAGGCUAUGAUCAGUCCUAAAGCAUAUACAAAAUGGUCAAAGAACAAAGCAUAAGCAAAACUCCCAUGAUUACAGUAUUCAGAUUGUUAACAAGAUCCAUCAAGAUACAAAGAACACGUUCCUCAACUAUAUUCAUCUUGAGUCUACUUCUUUGUCGUAGCCAAUGUCAAAUUCUUGCCAAAUUCCUAGAAGGUGACACUAAAAGCACUCCACAGCUUGUAACAUACUAUGUGUUAUACUAUGUAAAAAAAUUGUCUCAUGUCAUUAGCGAUAAAAGCCAGAUCAAAGUCAGUUUAUGCUUGUAUAUUUAUUCCGUAAUGGCCAUAACUUCUAACACAUGUAUAAUGUUAGAAUCAGCUGAUUCUGAAGCUUGACGGUUGCUCAUUACCACCCUGAAUAUGUGUCUAUUGUAUGGUGCACAUAUCUUAGUAUACUAAAUUUGUAAAAUUGAAAAGAUUUAUUUGCCAAAUUUCAUUUCUUUGGGUACCCUUAGGAAUAAUUCUUGUACGUAAUGGAGUUUGGUGGUAUAAUACACAAGUGAAACAUCACCACACAAUUUCCUUGGUUUAUUGCCAAGUUAUAGAGAAUUGUAUCUUUAAACCUUUGCUCUUAAUAUGGUGAGUUUUCUGAAAUUCUGAAGUCUCUAGUACACUUCUUAUCCAUAGCCGAUCAAUUUUAAAAUUACCUUGUGCCAGAGGGCCUGGCAGACCUGUAUAAGAUCUGGUAUGUGUUAUAUACAAUGGAUAAUUCCUAUUUCAGAUCAUUUGUUGUAGUUGAAUAAACAGUGAAGGCAAUUCAGAAUCAUUCUGAAUAAGUUUGGCAGCCUCUAUGGGUAAAACACUCUCUCUCUGCAUAUGGAGAGUCAGGUACUACAUUAAGAGACUCUUAAAAAAAAUCUAGUAACACUGUAAGUAUUGCAUAUAAUUCUGAUUUCUGAACGAAUGUAUAAGGACUCUUAACCACCUUACUUACAUAUGAUUUAUAUCCUGCCUUUCCUGAUUUAUUUGCAUCAUUGUAAAAUGUCAAGGGUACAGAUAUUGUAAAUCCUUUUGUUAUACAAGGUAGAAUCAAAUUAGUUCUUUUUAUGAACUGAAAUUAUUUGCUUUUAGAGUAUUCAUUGUUAAUCUCUCCCCAAGAAAUUACUGCAAGCUCUUUGCCAAUGUUAAUUUUGUAUCCAUAAUGAGACAAUCUCAGCAUUAGUAAAAUGUACCACAAUCUCAACCACCUCCUUUGCAAUUGUCAAAGUCUCAUUUUCCUUUAAUAUCAAUUCAGACACCUUUCUCCAUAGGUUUUCAAUUUCUUACAUUUUGCACUAAAACUAUCCAUUCUAAAAUAUAAUCUUCCCUCUGCAUAAAGAAUUGCUAUAGAGGAUUAAGAAGUAGAAGGCAAGAUAACUACGAUGCAGAACAUCCAUGCAACAGAAUGAUCUGGAUGAGUAUCCUGUAAUUUUCUUUCUAUCAAAGCCAACACCUUCUCACCCAUGGUUGAUAGGAUUUUUUUAUAUCUUUAUCACCUUGUAAGAUUUGAAAUAUAUUACUUAGGUCUUCAGUAGGCAAGCCAAUUGCAGACUACCACCAGUUAUUAUUUCCCUAGUAGCUUCUGGAAAUCAUUGAGUCAUUAAUUGGUUUCUUCUGAUUUGCACCUUUUAUAGCCUAACAGUUUGUAGACUUCUUCUAUAUUCUAGAUAACUAAUAGAAUCCCCUCUUUGUAUUUUUCAGAGGAAAUUUGCAAUCCUCAACAAGGCAAGGAUAUUUUUCUUCAAGAAGCAUUCUUUCCAGGGUAUUUAUAACCAAAUCAGUCAGUAGGAUAUCAUCCAUUGACUUUGAUGAUAUUGGCAUUCAUAUAUUGGUACAUAGUAGAACUGUUUAACCUUCUUUGUAGUAGGACAAAAUGUCAAAGUUUCUUGAUCAUAUUCAGCAUGCUCCUCUGCCUUAAAAAAUAACAUUUACCAAGCAGCUGAUCCUUAGAAAUAUUGAUAGUUUUGACUUUAUAUUGUUGCAUUAUGUCAUUCACAUCUUCUCUCCACCAUUAGAACAAUUUUCAAUGUGGUGCAGGUUCUAAUAUUGCUCUUGCCAUGUCCUUCCAGUUUUGGGACAUUCUUCCAUCUUUAAUAGCCCCAAAAGUCAGGAUUUGCUUUACAAACAAAAAAAUGCAUUCUAAAAUUUGUGACACUUUCCUUAAAUAUUCUCAGUUCUAAUACAUCCACUGGUUAACAUUCAAAUUCUUGAUUAUUUUGUGAAUGACUAUCAUCUGCUGGACUUUGUUUAAUACUAACUAAAUAAACUAAAGUUUGUUUUAGAAAAACCUUUGAUUUUCUUUAAUUCUGUCUUCAGUCUCUACCUAAGUAUUUUCCUCAAUUAAUAUUUUCAGUCCUCUCAAGGUAUUUGCCCAUAUUUCAUAUUUGUUUUUCAUCCUGUUCCAUAAGUUCCUGUGUCCUCUGUUCAAGGUUCUGUUUCUACAUUUUAAUUUUUAUAUAUAUUGUAAUUUUGAUAUUUCGAUGUCUAUUUUAUUUUCUUUUAUUAAUUUAAAAACAUUCUCCUCCAAGCCUUUCUUCCAAUGCUCAUUAUUUGUUCUCUGGUGCUCACUCUGAUCUUUCAUCUGUUCUAGCCUUUAUUCUAGGACAUUCUGUAGCUCCUGUCUCCAACCUUUAUUUUCCUCUUUCUGUAACUUUUGUUCUAGGGUCUUUUCCAAUUCCCUUCUCUAACCUUCAUUUUCCUCCUUCUGUGUCUUGGUAUUUUUCUCACUCUGAUUUACUAAAUCUUCUAAUUUCUUCUCUAACAAUACUAAAAUUUUAUCUAGGGCCCAGUUUUUUAAGAAGACAUAGUAAAACAAGGCACUUAACAUUAUAAUAAUGAUAACUGCUAAGGUAUCAAUUUCAUUUAAAUCCAUCCAUUUCAAACCGUUUAAAAUAGCAUCACAUAAAAUUCAAAAAGUAUUGUUUCUCAUCUAAAGUAUUUAAAAAUAUUAUUAUCAUAAAUUUAUAAUUCUUAUUCCCUGAUCUGAAGAUUCUUGUUCCUUUGUUUCCCUCUGGUAUUUGAUUCAGAACACUUCAGUCCUCUCUGAUUCUUUAAUUCACAGUAAGGUGCUAACUGUAGGAAGAUCUGCCUUUUCUGUGAUUCUGAGCAAUUUCUUUUUUGUGUUUGUGUUGCAGCCCACAGCAUAGGCACCCACCUCAGGCAGCCUGUAGUACCAGCAGUUGUCCUGUAUCUGGCCAUCCAUGAAAGCAAGUACUGGAAAUCUGGAUCCUGGUGAUGUUCAGAUCAGUCUGUGAGAAGGUUGUAGCUAACUGCCAUUUUUUAGCUGUUGUUGCACAGCUGUGAAGGCCGUAUUUAAAGCAGUCAUGCCCCCUGGUCCUUGGUCCUUCUUUAGGCUCUGGAAACAUCAACUGUGUUCCAGCUCUGGUGCUGCCUAUGUCCCAGCUCUGGCUGGGGUGCCAACUCUGGUUGCUGAGAUUUGCUUAGGAAUUAGGGAGGGAACUUUUCAGUUAGCUCUCUGUAGACCUCUUAGUCCCACUGGAUGUUUAAUUUCCACCCUUAUGCUAUAGGGGAUAGCUCUAGUUAUUUAUGUGAGGAGGGGAUGUAAAAUAGUAAUUAAAGUUAGUUUGAUUCUAAGCCUGACUUAAGCUUCACCAAUUUGUUGCUGGAAUUCCCAACCCUGUCAAGACCACAUAAAAAAUAUCAUCCAGUUAUUAUAAGCAAUAUGAAUAGAUUGGUUAGAUCUAUCACUAUACUAACGUAUUCCCCAACUAUAAGACCCCUUAGUACUUGCAGUUUCCCCUGACCACCACUGCCACAUAUCUUCCACUUUCUACAUCCUCCUGUCUCCUCUCAUUUUCCUCCUUUCAUCCUACCUUUCCCCUUCUCUUAAGCCUCCAGUUCAAUCUUCCCAUCCACUGCCCUAUCAUUAGCUUUCACCUUUGAUUUACCAGUUAAUAUGGGGUGGAAAUUCACAUGACAUAACCUGCUCCUCAGAGGUUACCUCUCUUGAGGAAACAUUAUCAACAUAAGAAUACAAACACCAUCAGGACAUCCUAGUACAAUUUAAUGCUUUGGUUAUUAUACAGUGGGAGUAUAUACUUCUCUAUUCCAAUCUAAUUGGUGUUCUGUAUGCUUCUUGUAUGUUUAGAGGGAUUUUUGAGGGGUGAUUGUGAUUACUUUGUUCUAUGAUUUUGUUGAAAAUAUUUUCUGGUCCUUGAAGCUGGGCCCCUUCACCGUCUUCUAUUCCCAUUAUUUUUAGGUUCCAUCUUUUUACAGUAUCCCAGAUUUCCUGGACAUCUGUGUCAUGAAUAUUUUUAAAUGUAACAUAUUUUUGACGAAAGUCUCAUUUCUUCUAUCACAUCAUCUAUUCCUGACAUUCACUAGCCAUCUCUAAGAAUCUGUUGCUCUAUUUUUCCUGGUCUCUUUCCUGAUAUUUCUAGUUUCAGAAUUCCUUUAUCUUGUGUUUUCUUUCUUCAAUUUCCUUCUCAGUUCUUGAAGUGUUUUAUUCAUUUAUUUUACUUGUUGGAUGGUAUUUAUGCCUCGAUCAUCUUUACAAGAUUGGAUUUUAGGUCAUUUAUUGUCCUUUGCUUUUAUUAGGCUAUCUAAGUCUUGUUGUAAUAGACCUGGAGACUCUGCAUGUGUCACAACCCCCUGGUUGCUUUUUAUUGUGUUAUUUUACUGUAUUCUUUAGCAAUCUGGUUGUUUGUGUAGGAGCAUAUUUUUUUUCUGAUGGGGGAAUUUUCUUAUAUGAUUUUGGAAUAGCACGUUUCCAUGAAGGCUGCUCCAACUUGCAUGAUUCUGAUGCAGUAAGGCCUUGUUUGGGAAUCUUAUGCUGCAUAUUUCUGUGGCAGCAGACUUGGUGAAGUAGGUCAGAAAAUUGACCAGACCAUGGAGCUCGUAGCCUCACAGCCUGAUGCUCAGGGAAUCUGUGUGAGCACCCUGGGUACUCUGUGGGGAGGGGAUUUGGGGUUUAAUGGUGCUAACCUGGAUGCUCCUAAUGCAGCAGACCUAAUGAGUUCAGAUAGAGCAAGGAACAGACUAUGGAGCUGGGCAAGGACAACAUGUAGUGUAGGGCAGCUGUGUGUGCCACAGAGGACAUUUUGGUCAGGAUAUUAGGGGAGAAAAUGGAUAUAAACUGAUUUUUCCUGGUGUAGGAGGCCUGGUAAAAGCAGGCAGAGCAAUGGCCACACCUCUACGUGACAUUUUUUAACAUGCAUUAUCAGUAUAGGUAUUAGUAAAGAGGUGCUCAGUGAAAUAGGACAUUUUUGUUAAAAGAUAAAGGAUUAGAAGUUCUGAAAAUUAGCAGACAUGAAAGAGCCUUCAGUAAAGCCCUUUAGUGAGUAGACCUGGUGACUGAGAGGUGUCAUAACAAAGCAUCACAUUCAAAGCAGCAUGGCCACUCUUUGGUGGAGACCAUUACCAAUACAUCCAAGACAUUAAAAAAGCUAACUUAGGAAUGAAAUAAUAGUGGAAAUAGGAACUGUGAAUAGCAUGAGGAAAGGUGGGAUAAGAGAGACAGAGAAAGACCUAAAGAAACAGGGGGCAUGCAUUUCUCAUGUGGAAGGAUACCAGUGUUACCAGGGUAGAGUGAGAGUGGAAAGCCUAUGAAUCUCUAAUGAAUUGAGGACCCUCACCAGUACACAAAGUCUGCUUUUAAGUUCUAUGCCAGUCAUUUCUGCUCUUGUAAAUCACCCCUUACCCAUAUUUCGGUAAACAAUCCCCAUAAAAUUUUUUCGUUCUGCUAAUUGGACAUUAGAGGUAGCCAUACUUUGGUCUACUCGGAGUUUACUAUCUGAGGUGAGUAGAUAUGUUUUGCAUUUCCUAUGAAAUGUUUUCUCAAACAGCAUCUGAGUACCAGAUUUUAUGAUGACAAUUGAUUCAUCAGAAUAGAGUUUUUUUUUUUUUUUCAGGGUGAUCCAGGUUAACUAGGUCCUUUCCUGCUAGGAACACCAUUAAGAACAUAGUUUCAUUCUUCUGUAUUUAAAUUUAUCUCUCCAUUUUGAGCAGAUGCAUUUGAUAAAGAUGCUCUUUUUCAUAUAUCUAUCUAUCUAUA